AUGAAACCAUCACGAGCACCGCCAUUCUUCCUCCUUCUCCUCUUUCUUCUCUCCACCGCCACCACCACCUCCGCCGCUACCACCACAAAUGCCACCAAACCAGCCAACCCCACCAAACCCACACUCUCGCCCACUCCCUCCCCCACGUCCUCCCCAACCCCACCCACCACCAAAACUCCCUCUUCUUCGCCCCCUACUCUAGACCCUAAACAAAUCGAAGCACUCCAAUCUCUGAACAUCCCCACCACAAGAGACCCUUGCAUCCAACCUUCCCCUCACAACGCCACCACCUGUGAUAGCUCCAAGCCCUUCCGGCACCUCAUUUCACUCCACCUCUCCAACUGCUCCUCUGACUUUUCCCUUUCUUUUGCGGCUCUCAAGUCCCUCUCUUCCCUCCAUUCUCUCUCCUUCACCAACUGCCAUGCGUCCCCCAUCCGCUUCCCUUCCGAUCUCUCUCUUUCCCUCACUUCCUUCUCCUGCAUUCGCUCUCUCCGCCGCCUCUCUGGGAUCUGGCUCUCGCGUUUCGUUAACCUCACCGAUCUCACAGUUUCCUACACUCCAGUUAACACCACUGGCCUUUAUGUAAUCCUUGGAAACAUGCAUAAGCUGAAGACAGUCACCAUUUCUCAUGCCAAUCUUACGGGUUCUCUUCCAAAGCACCUGCAUCUGAAUCUGACCCAUGUUGAUUUAUCCGAUAACAAGCUCAAAGGAAAAAUACCAAUUUCCCUUACGCUUCUUGAAGAUCUUGAAUUCUUGAAUCUUUCUUCAAAUGGGCUGAAUGGGGAGAUUCCUACCGAGUUUGGUGACUUGAUAUCAUUAAAAAAUGUAUCUUUGGCUUCCAAUUCGUUUUCUGGGUUAAUCCCAGAUUCCAUGUCAGCUAUUCCAGGCUUGUUUCAUGUUGAUCUGAGUAAAAACCAGUUAAAUGGGACUGUCCCAAGGUUUUUCUCAGAGUUGAAAGGGUUGAAAGUCCUGAAUCUUGAGAACAAUGAACUUCAUGGGGUUUUGCCUUUCAAUGCAAGUUUCAUUAAGAGAUUGGCUGUUUUCAAGGUUGGUGGGAAUGCCAAUUUGUGUUACAAUCAUUCUGUUUUGUCAUCAAAAAUGAAGCUUGGGAUUGCUCCUUGUGAUAAGCAUGGAUUGCCGAUGUCACCACCGCCUUCUAAGGACUCUUCUGGAGAUAGUAAGAGUGACUCUUCAGAUUAUGAUGAUGAUGGUGCAGAUACAAGUGAAAAGGAGCAUCAUCACGGGCCAAGUAAGGUUGUUCUUGGUGUCGCAAUUGGGCUUUCUUCAAUAGUUUUCCUUAUUGUUUUCUUGGUUCUUCUCUCAAAAUGGUGUGGUUGAAGGAAAAAAUAUUUUUUAUUAUUGAUUAGAUUUUUAGAGUAGGGGAAAUUAGUAUUAGAGUUUUCCAUUUUUUUAUUAUUGAUCUUUGAUACACUUGAUUUACGAAAGGGGCAGCUAUAGGUGGAACUUUUGAGAAGGAAAAAUGGAGGCACAGGAUAUAUUGUGCUCAUUGAAUGGUUAAAAGAGCAGUGAUUUCCCUUUCCUUUUUUUUUUUUUGGUAUGAGGUGUGAGCAAUGAGAGGUGUAU